AUGGCUCAAUCAGGCUAUGGGUACGACCCAUUACAUAGCUACCAUCCGCAAACCCCGUACGCGCAUCAGCCAUACCCGCCUUAUACUACUCCUGCUCUCAGCUAUCCAAAUCCUGUGGUACGAACCGUGGUGCACAACGAACCGGCUCCCGGAGACCCAUAUAAUCCUCACAAUGCGAUUCCUGGACUGGGUCUGGGUUAUUCACAAAAUGCCAUGCAGUGGCAAGGUCCUUGGCCAAACCAGCAAUCCCCGUUUGGACAAGAGCCACUUGCUACGACCGAAGUAAAUAGGCCCGAGCAGCACACGGAUAUAAGUGAGGAGGGGGAAGUUAGCGAAGGCGGGCUCGAGGAUGCUUACGAGCCAAGAGAUGUUGAGAUUUUUCCCAAGCCAUCGUAUAUGAAUAGAAGCGCACAGAAUGCUGCGGGGUUUAACGAUGUCCCGCCAGCCUCCUUUCCUGCUAGUCGAGAUCGCUCAGGUUCAUAUUCUCCCUACCUCUCUCCUCAUGAAAUGGAUCAUCCAGCUACGAUUGCAUCUAUUAAUGAAUGUCAACUGAACCAGAUCACUGCUAUGGCUUCGUCACAAACAUCUCCCAAAGCAAACGGAGCGAGUCAUACAAUACCCAAUUCAUCCCAAGUGAAGAGCGUUGGUGCUACACGCAAACAAGCGCAAGAUGCCAUCCGACGGCUUUGGACAUUAAAUGUGCGAUAUCAAAAUUAUGUUGACGAGGGGAUAGACGAGACACUCUUGGGUAGUCUAUUCGAGGAGCUAGGGUUCGAAAUGGGCGCAUCACAUAGUUCAACGACUGUUCAAUCCAGCCUUAGCAGAAGAACAGUAUCAGAGACGAAGACAAAGGAUGAGCCUGGGCGUACCGACGGCAUAGCCCAACAAACCGAGACCGAAAAGAGUGCUGGAAGUGCACCAGCAAAGGACGUUUCAGAAUCGCGCAAAGACCGUAUUGCGCGACUCCUCGCUGCGAAAAAUUCCAAGUCGAAUAUUGCAGCCGCGACCGCGUCUUCAUCAUCUACUCCAGCUCCUUCUCUUGCGCCAGCCUCGAAAACGCAAACUGAGAAAUCAAAGCUUUUAUAUAAGAAGAUGGAAGCUUUGCGAAAAGCUCGCGAACUCGAGGCGCGAGGCCGAAAGCGUUCUCACCCAGACGAGCUUCCUCUUCAGAGUCACCAAGCAAAUAACAACGCCGAUAAUUCUACAGCCACCAAUUCCCACGAUAUGGCUGCCAGUGGCUUGCAUCGUACCCCACCAGAGCAUAUGUCUGGUGAAAUUUCAAGCCCCAGUGGACAGCUGCCUCCGUCAAUUCCUGGGCUUUUCCUAUCUUCUACGCCACAGCCCCCCCAUGCUACACAAGUCUUGAACUUGGAGCGCCCAGCUUCUACGAGCUUGGUUGACUCUAAUCCGAGACCAUUUAAGCGUCCGUUUGGUCAUGUGAGAAGGCCUCGCCCGUUCCUCAUUGAUGUUAGCGACGAUGAGGAUGAUGCCGAAAUGGAUCUUGACUCUCCUGAGCAGAGAACAUUGCAACUGGCUACGAAAGAGGCAGUACCGCCGUCACUGCAAACUACUCUUUCGUUUCGAAGCGCUCCAUCAUUUGGUGACAAUGCGGCGGCAGCUCACCAGUACUCGAGUCCCAUGGCAACCCCUCCCGGUGCCAGCAGCGACAAUUCUGCAACAAGAGACAACUUGGAUAACAUGACCAAGAAGAUUGAAGCUAUGAAGAAAAGAAUCGCCGAGGCCGAGGCUCGUAAGAAAGCAAAGCAGUCGCGCUUGAAUUCACCAGCCCUUCCUGCGCUUAAUAAUGAAUCACUUAACAGCAGUUUCGAGGCCAUUAUUCCGAGCCAGGACAUGGCUGUUCACGUACCCUCGACUAGCAUCGAAGUCCAACAACUGUCUCGCUCAACGCCCCCAAUGUCGAAUUCCUCUCCGAUGGCGCCGUCUCGAUCAUCUGAAGCGAGUCCUCAAAGUGGAAACGAACGCCGCAGUCGAUCCGUUGCAGCUAGUGAACGCCUUCCACUCGUUGAAGCCCGGCGUCGGGAACAGCAGCUGAAGUUGAAGCUCUUGCGAGCCCAGGUUGAGAAUAUGCAGCGAGAGAUACAAAUGACGAUGGAAGAGGAAGAGAAGCUGAGGAUUGAUGUCAAUGCGGACUCGGAUAGCGAAGAGACGCAUGAACAACAAGCCCCGUCUCCAUCCAAGGUUUUGAGUCCUUCGUCACCACUGACAGACUCAAUGGAUAUUGCAAGCAUAUCUCCUCAGAGCAAUAAUGCCACUCAACGAAGCAGACAAGAUACGCCACUCCCAAGAGAAGAGUCUCAAGAUGAGCAGCAGCCUAGUCUGCUCGUUGCCAACCAAGCAGAACAUAAUCCAUUAGGCGUUGAGUCUAAUGGUGUCAUUGAAGCCGUUGAUUACGCUUCUCAUCUACCAAACGUCGAGGCGAAUACGAUAAUUGAAGACGUUGAUGACGCUGAAAGAGAGACCAUCCAAGACGCCAUGUCGACACAAGACGAUAUCAACGCCACUGCUACAGCAUCCGUAGAGGAAGCCCGAGAUAUGGUCAUGUCGGAAGCUGCAGACUCCAGCAAUCAUGCUUCUGAAGAAGAAUCGGAUGGCUACGAGCCUCCAGAUGUUGAGCUAUCCAGCCCUUCGAAAAAGUCGUCGCGGGCAUCAACACCGUUCAGUCCAGCGCCAGCUGGCUUGGAUUCGAUGCCCGACACAAAUGCCGAUAGCUUACAAGAUAGCACGACAGGUGCCAUCGCCUCACAGCAGAUCUCUACCGUGCAACCGGAUAUAGCUUCUGAAAGUGGAAGAGAAGUAGACGUUGCCCUGCAUUUUGAUGGCCGAUCAACAUAUCUAAUAGGUGGCCAGGUUGACCCAGUAAGUGAGGCACCGGUGGCACCGGCUUCUGAUGCCCCGAAGACCGCCUUUGUGCCGUAUGAGUCGCCCCUUCGAUACUUUCACGCAUAUCGCUUCCAUCCCGAGUAUUCUCAAUCCAUAUCCGGUGGCCUUCGCUCUUUAACCUACAGCAAUAAAAUAGACGUGAAGCAGGAAGUAUGCCCGGAUGAGUUAGCCAAUCAAAGUUGUCCAAGGGGUAGCGAAUGCGAUUAUCAACAUUUCGAGAAUAUGCAAGCUCCGGAUGAUCAAAUCCUACUCCAGCUCGGCGCGCACGAGGAGUUUGGGGAGCAAGAGAAACAGCAGUAUAUCAACGGGCUACGCAAUCUCUUGACAGACUUUCGCACCCGCAAGGUCAAAGACUUCCAGACUAUCAGCCAGGGCAUCAUUGACUACCGAGCCCAAUUUCUCGGAGACAGAACCAAGAUUCUCCCCCUAGGCGGCGUUGCGAUUUGACGUGCAUACC